AUGACACAAAAGUCCAAAGAGACCUUGCAGGUCCGACCUCUACCGAGGAAAGGUCGCUCUCCAAGCCGCUCGCCGAAACCGAAGAAUCGCAAGAAAGCGCCGGUCGAAGUGUCCAGCUAUGGCUCGGAGGGCGUCAAGGACAACAAUAUAUUCAAACUUCCUGGCUCCGACUAUAAGGCGCUCGUCUUGGUAACUCUUAUUGCCAUGGCUGUUCGCCUGUUUCGCAUCUACCAGCCUUCCAGCGUCGUCUUCGAUGAAGUCCACUUUGGCGGCUUCGCGAGUAAAUAUAUCAAGGGCAAAUUCUUUAUGGAUGUCCACCCUCCCCUCGCCAAACUCCUGAUCACACUUGCUGGCUGGUUGGCUGGGUUUGACGGAAAUUUCGACUUCAAGGACAUUGGCAAGGACUAUCUCGAACCUGGAGUACCCUAUGUUGCUAUGCGCUUGCUUCCAGCUAUGCUGGGUGUGCUCACUGUUCCAUUGAUGUUCCUGACUCUGAAAGCGACUGGUUGCCGGACCGUUACUGCUAUCCUGGGCGCCGGUGUGGUUAUCUUCGAAAAUGGUCUUAUCACACAGUCUCGCCUUAUCUUGCUAGAUUCGCCAUUGGUCUUCUUCACGGCGCUCACGGCGUUGUCAUUCACCUGUUUCACAAACCAGCAAGAGCUUGGGCCAUCCCACGCCUUCCGUGCAUCCUGGUGGUUUUGGCUGGUCGCAACGGGGCUCUGCUUGGGUGCCACUCUGAGUGUCAAAUGGGUUGGACUUUUCACUGUCGCUUGGGUCGGCUCUCUCACAGUGCUCCAACUGUGGGUGCUCUUAGGCGACUAUAAGAAUGUCACACCGCGUCUAUGGCUUAAGCACUUCUUCGCCCGUGUUUUCUGUCUGAUCAUUAUUCCUCUCGGAUUCUAUUGCGGAAUGUUUGCAAUUCAUUUCCUGUGUCUGGUGAACCCUGGGGAUGGGGACGGAUUCAUGUCAUCGGAGUUCCAGGCGACCUUGAACUCCAAAGGAAUGCAAGACGUCCCUGCCGAUGUUGUGUUCGGUUCGCGAGUGAGCAUCCGUCACCUGAACACCCAGGGUGGCUACCUCCACUCCCAUGCCCACAUGUACCCCACAGGAAGCAAGCAGCAACAGAUUACUCUCUACCCCCACAAGGAUGAGAACAAUGUUUUUAUCCUGGAGAAUCAGACUCAACCUCUUGGGUCCUUUGGACCGGUGGAAGGCCCGUUUGCCUGGGAUAACAUCACCACCGAGUAUAUUCCGGAUGGUGGUGUGGUAAGACUCUACCACCCGUUGACGCACAGAAGGCUUCACUCACACGAUGAGCGACCUCCUGUUACCGAAGCCGACUGGCAGUAUGAGGUAUCUGCCUAUGGUUACGAAGGCUUUCCUGGCGACGCGAACGAUCUCUUCCGUUUCGAGAUAGUCAAGUCGAUGUCUGACGGGGAAGAAGCGAAGAAGAGACUCCGAACUAUUCAAACUAAAUUUCGGCUCGUGCAUGUCAUGACUGGCUGCGUCCUUUUCUCUCACAAAGUGAAGUUGCCCGAAUGGGGCUUUGACCAGCAAGAAGUGACUUGUGCGAAAGGGGGUACUCUGCCAAACAGUAUCUGGUAUAUUGAAUCCAAUGUUCAUCCAAUGCUACCUGCCGAUGCGGAGAAGGUCAACUAUCGGAAUCCCGGUUUCUUUGGCAAAUUCUGGGAACUCCAGAAGGUCAUGUGGACCACGAAUGCCGGUCUGACCGAGUCCCAUGCCUGGGAUUCUCGUCCGCCUUCAUGGCCAACCCUGCUCAGAGGCAUCAACUUCUGGGGCCGAGACCACCGUCAGAUCUAUCUUCUUGGCAACCCAUUCAUUUGGUGGUCUUCUACUGUCGCCGUUGCCGUUUACCUCCUCUUCAAAGGCCUUGCUGUUAUCCGUUGGCAGCGCAGUUGUGGUGAUUACCGAAAUGUCAACUUGAAGCGUUUCGACUAUGAAGUUGGCACGAGUGUGCUUGGCUGGGCCUUCCACUACUUCCCCUUCUUCCUUAUGGCUCGGCAACUCUUCCUUCACCAUUAUUUCCCCGCGCUGUACUUUGCGCUCAUUGCGCUCUGUCAAGAGUUUGAUUUCAUCGCCAACCGCUUUAAGGCUUUUGGAUUAUCUUCCAGGCCGGUCAUUGGCAGAGGAUUCGUUGCAGUGUUCUUGGCCCUUAGCAUUUUCGCUUUCACUCUCUACUCCCCAUUGGUUUAUGGCAAUCCCUGGACCCAAGAUGCUUGCAAGAAAGUGAAACUCAUUGGGUCCUGGGACUUCGAUUGCAACACAUUUUACACUGACCUUGGUCAAUAUGUGACCCAAUAUGUCAAUUCGAAUCCCGGUGUAUCGCCCACACCCGUUGCGCAGGUGCCUCCAGUUCAGGCGCCACCAGUGGUCCCGCCACCACAGCAGCAGGAGAUCUUGCAGCAAGAGACUGAAGAAGCCCAAGUCACACCCCAGGCCAAGCAGUUUCACAGCGGCAAAGCCCGGGUGGAGUAUCGGGAUCAGCAGGGCAACGUUUUGGACGAGGCACUUGUCGCCUCUUUGGCCAAGGAAGGCAAAGUUUCGUUCGAGACUCGGCAUGAGACUCGGACACGGCUGGAACAUGCCCACGAAGUAGACAUGAUAAACGGCCAAGUUGCACCACCGCACCCAGAUGUGGAAGGACAGAAUCCCGAGACCGUCAAACAUGGGAACGUUGAGGUUGCAGGCGAUAGCCCAGCUUCGGUAGCCGGUGGUGAGAGUUCGCUUGAGCAACCAAACUCCCCUGAGCCAAAGCCGGCUAGUGAAGCUAACGAGGCGACCCAACAGUGA